AUGAUAUCUUCCAAACUACGCCUGCAGACGCUGGCGUUAGCAACAUUUCUUCUAUUGUGUUUUGUGCUUGCGGCUGAAAGUCAAUUGGCCGGCAAAUUAACCCAAAAUGCCUGCGUUAACAAAGCCACCUGUCACGAAUGUAUACAGACACUAGAGUGUGCCUGGUGUUCGGAUCCAAAUCAUGGCGACAAACCCAGAUGCUUCUCGGAAUAUAUGAAUAAUUUUUGUAGUGCCCAAUACAUACAAAAUCCAAAGACCAUACAAGAAAUUCUGGUCAGUCAAGAGCUGAGUCGAGCAAGUGGGGGUGCUGCUAUGAUGGGUGGUGGUCAAAUGUCAUCUGGAGGUUCCUAUUAUUACAAUUCCUCCUACAGCAGUUCUAUGUCGGGAUCAUUUUCCAGCUCUUCAUCUGCCAGUGCCCAUGGUUCAUCAGCUUCAGCCAGUAGCUAUGGGGAAAUUGUACAAAUUAGUCCACAGAGAGUGAAUUUAAAAUUGCGUAUGAAUGAAGUCCAUAAUUUACAAUUCCGUUACUCACAAGCCGAAGAUUAUCCCGUUGAUUUAUAUUAUCUUAUGGACUUGUCAAAAUCUAUGGAAGAUGACAAAGAGAAAUUAUCUGCUUUGGGUGAUUUACUUUCCGAAACUAUGCGUAAUAUUACCUCCAAUUUCCGUUUGGGUUUCGGCUCCUUCGUUGACAAAGUACUGAUGCCUUAUGUCUCUACUAUACCCAAAAACAUGAUAGAACCAUGUCCGGGCUGUGCUGCACCCUAUGGUUAUAAAAAUGCAAUGCCUCUAGACAUGGACACAUAUCGGUUCUCAACUGAAGUGAAAAAUGCCGCUGUCUCCGGUAAUUUGGAUGCUCCUGAAGGUGGCUUUGAUGCCAUUAUGCAAGCCAUUGCUUGUCGUCAACAAAUCGGAUGGCGUGAACAGGCCCGUCGUUUGUUGGUAUUCUCAACAGAUGCCGGCUUCCAUUAUGCUGGUGAUGGCAAGCUUGGUGGUGUCAUAACUCCCAAUGAUGGCGAAUGUCAUUUAAAUGCUGCUGGCCUUUAUACUCAUUCGGUUAUACAAGAUUAUCCUAGUAUCUCACAGAUUAAUCAUAAGGUCAAGCAAAAUUCCAUUAAUAUCAUAUUUGCUGUUACCGCCAACCAGCAUUCUGUUUACCAGAAAUUGUCCUCCCACAUUGAAGGUUCCUCAAGUGCGGUUUUGUCCAAUGAUUCGUCCAACGUGGUGGAUUUGGUCCGAGAGGAAUAUAGCAAAAUCUCAUCUUCCAUUGAAAUGAAAGACAAUGCCACUAGUCAUGUUAAGAUUACCUAUCACUCAACCUGUUUGAACAGCGGCAGCAAUGAAUUGGAGACUGCUAAAUGUGAUGGUCUGAAAGUUGGCGAUAUUGUCACCUUUAAUGCUAAAAUUAUGGUUACCUCUUGCCCCGCCGAUCCUGCCGAAUGGAAUCAAGUUAUUCAAAUCUAUCCUGUGGGCAUCAAUGAAAGUUUAAUUGUUAACUUGGAAAUGUUGUGCUCUUGUGAUUGCGAACGUCCCGGUUCACCUGGCUAUGAAAUCAACUCACCCAUAUGUAAUAAUCACGGUAGAUUAAUGUGUGGCAUUUGUGAUUGUGAUGACAUGCAUUUCGGUCACACCUGCGAAUGUUCUACCAAUGAAAUCCAUCCUGGGAAAAACAAUGAUUUCGGUUGCCGUCCCGAUAAUUCUUCAAUUGUUGACUGUAGUGGACGUGGUACCUGUUUGUGCGGUGUUUGUGAUUGUGAGAAACGUGCCAAUCCCGAUGAAAUUAUCUCCGGACGUUUCUGCGAGUGUGAUAACUUUUCGUGUGAACGUCACGAACAACAAUUGUGUUCGGGUCCCGAUCAUGGCUCCUGUGAUUGUGGUGUGUGUGCCUGCAAGGCUGGCUGGUCGGGCAGCGCUUGCAACUGCAAGACCUCCAUCGAAAGCUGUUAUCCCCCUGGUGGUGGUGAAAUUUGCUCGGGUCAUGGUGACUGCGUUUGCGGCAAAUGCGAAUGUAAAUCCACUGAAGAGGGACGUUUCUCUGGCGACCAUUGUGAAUAUUGUCCCACUUGCACUGGCCGUUGUCAUGAACUCAAAGACUGUACCCAGUGUCAAGUAUAUCAAACUGGCCCCCUAAAGGAUCCUGAAGAUUGUCGCACUAACUGUACCCUAUUCACACCCGAAGAAGUUGAAAAGGUGGAAAUCGAUGAGACCAAAGGCGAAUAUCUGUGCAUGUUCUAUGAUGAAUACGAUUGCAAAUUCAAAUUCAAAUAUCGCGAAGAAGAUAACAAAAUUGUGGUGGUGGCCCAAACCGAACGUGAAUGUCCACCCAAAGUGUUCAUGUUGGGCAUUGUAUUGGGUGUCAUAGCGGCCAUUGUAUUGGUGGGCUUGGCCAUUUUGCUGUUGUGGAAACUCUUGACAACCAUACAUGAUCGGCGUGAGUUUGCCAGAUUUGAGAAGGAGCGCAUGAAUGCCAAAUGGGAUACUGGCGAAAAUCCGAUUUACAAACAAGCCACCUCAACUUUCAAAAAUCCCAUGUAUGCUGGCAAAUAAAUCAAGCACUUCAUGCCAUCAGUAUCUAAGU